AUGUCCAGAGAAGAUGAGGCGAGAGCAUUCCAUUAUGCGGUAUACGAUAUGGUUCAAUCCAUACCCUAUGGCAAAGUAACUUCAUAUGGCCAUAUAGCCAAGUUGGUCUAUAAACCGAGAAACUCCAGGCAUGUAGGGCAAGCGCUGAAAUCUUUACCAUCGGAGGGAGUUGUAAAGGAUUAUCCGUAUUCACAAGAAAACGUUCCAUGGUGGCGUGUUAUAUCGAGCUCGGGUGUAAUCAGUGUUAGAGACCGUGAUGCAAUGCAACGGCAAGCGACGAUGCUAAGGAGAGAAGGCGUUGAAGUUGGUGAAGGUAAUUACAAGAUAAGUCUCGUAGAUUAUGGAUGGUUUCCGGAAACUGAAUUUGAUGACUACUGA